CUGCUUGAUAUUUUUGGUGCGCGUCUGUGAGAAGUAACCAAGGUCCAGAUAUUGGUAGAUAGAACAAGAUUGCUGGAGGCUUUGCUGCCCACACACCUAAUUUUCAUAUAAUAAGGUGCUUGGGGAGCAGUGGUACCUUCUGCAUUACCGUCUCUGUGUCUUUACACUGGCAAUUUGCUGAGCACAAGUACACGAGUGCAGCGCUUGAUGGCGUCGCCAUCAGGCUCUUUACCAUCAUUCCAGCGAAGCUUUCGGCCGAUAAUUCGCAUUUGGGCGUGAUUCUAUCAUAGCUACUGUCAUGAAGGAAUAUGUAGCUUUUGCUUGCGUUACUUUUAUUUUUUCCGCGCUGCAAACGGAGUGUUACAAUCUGCGUGAUGAAUUCAAUCCCUUUUGUGGGAAGAGCAACUGCUAUCAGCUUCUGAGGUUGGAGCAAAAUGCCUCAUUGCAGGAGGUUAAGAAAUCGUAUCGCAACAUAUCCUUGACGCUGCAUCCAGACAAAAACCCGUCAAAGACAGCUGCAGAUGACUUUGGCAAGGUGGCCACGGCAUAUGAGAUUUUGUCCAACAGCACAUUGCGUGCUGACUAUGACUAUGCCCUCGCACACCCCAAGGAGUAUCUCCUCAGCCAGUACCGCUACUAUGGCUCCAGAAUAUACAGGGAAAUGAAGAUCCCGGCCCAUUUCACCGUCACAGCCGUCAUCCUGCUUUGGUCCCUCAUACAGUACAUCACCAAGCGGCAGAUGUAUGACAAUGCAAUGAACAAGAUCCGGAAAGACCCAAAGUAUCGUUCGCGACUGAGAGAGCUGAUGCAGGAGCAGUCCAGCUUCAACUCCAAGAACCGCAAGCAGCCGGGCAAAGCGCGCAAGCUGAAUGAUAUGAGUGCUGAGGAGAUGGAGGCGCUUAACAAGCAGGUAGACAGCGAGGUGACCGUGCAAGGAGGCCGCUCAAAGCCCACCAUGAAUGACAUCCUGGUGUUCCAGAUUGUUUUGCUGCCAUGGAUUCUCGGCAAGAUGCUCUGGUGGCAAGUGCAAUGGACAUGGAAGUACAGGAUAAAAAGGCAGCCAUAUGAUGAGGCUGCGCAGAUCUACCUGACCAGGGACUUCCUGCGGAUGUCUUCCACUGCCUGGGAUGCCCUUGAAGCCCCAGAGAAACAGGAGAUGCUUGAUAAGGAGCUUUGGAUUGAGGAGAAGCAGAAGGCUUACCAGAUGCACCGGGAGAAGGCCAACCAGAAGCUCGCAAAGAAGAGCAUGAAGAGGAUGGCUCAAAUGGUGGCAGCUGGCAUGCCAGUGGCAGGGGAUGAUUGAUCAAAAUCACGAUUUGUGCUCAGCCAGAUCUCAUGAAUGGCUAUGGUCACUCACAAUUGGCAAUUUCUUGCCAUGCAGUGCAUAGAUGUAGAUCUUUUAGUUUGCAACUGAAAAGCCGCUUCAAACUCUAUUUGAUUUGUGAAUUUUGGAUAUGCAAAAUGCAUGCCACCUUCCCAUGCUUAUAUGAGAAUAUCAAGACUCAGAGGCAGCCACUGUGCGCACAGUACUGCGGUGCCGCACCGGCCCGGGCUUAAGUGGCUGCAGCAAUUGCAGGGCACUGCACCGACUGCGAAGCUCUGCAAAAUUUUGCAGCCUUUAAAGCCAUAUGGCCAUUUGAACACAUCAAAGUGAUUCAUCUGUAACCACAUUGGUGAAU